GAAUAGCCCCACCUAUCGACUCUGGAAUAGUAAAUAAAUAAACGCGUAAUUCAAUAGGAGUUGCCUGUAAGGGUCCACCAUUGGAAGUCAUCGUUUCCUUGAUUUAUAGACUAUUACAACUGACAGUCAACGAGGUUAAAAUUAUCCAAAAUGGAUAAAAGUGAAUUUCCAGAUACCGUCCAAACGACUACCACAACGACAUCUACUGCUUACCACGCUACUACUACCUCCAACCAGGGGAGUGGCCCGGGGAAUAGCGGUGGUAUCAGAGUUGACCAGGCGUAUCUUCGCUCGCUGCCUUCAAUUCUUCAUAUCGUACAGAUCGUUGUGUCUUUUCUGUACUGGGUCGUACUCUGUGCUGUUGAACAUUUUAGAGUCGGAUUCAUGAUUUUCGUUGGGAUAACUGCAAUGAUAACCGUUAUUGUUUACUUUGUUGUCUUCCUCCUUCGUUUAAAUGAAAAAAUUCCCUUUAUUGCCUGGGAAUUGUCAGAAUUGAUUGCCAACUUUGUGUCUGCUGCUUUGUUUUUUAUUUCUGCCAUCAUCACCUCAGUGAGAGCAGGACAGGCAAACCACUAUCCAGAUCACGGAAAACUUGUCUUUUGCUCCCUUCUGGCAUGGACGUUGACUUUCCUUUUUGCGGCUAGCACAUUCUUGAGUUUCCGUGCAUUCUUGGCCUAUCGUGACAGACGUAAUUCGGAAAGAACGGCAACGACGACAACAACCACAACCAUUACACAAGAAUCCUCUGAACCACCUCCUUACUAAAUGAUGUCAUACCUGCUACAGGCUAAACUUCACUGGAAGGACGUAAUGGUCACAAAGACAAUAGAUAAUGGAGAAGGGGGGGGGGAGGUGCAAGGUAAAAUUAAAUAAGUAGAUGUGAAGUGGAUCACUGUAACUGUGUUAAGCUGUGAAAGGGAGGGACAUGGUAGAAUAGAAUAUUGAGGUUGGAGGUCAAGCUAGGAUGGAAUGUGGAUUGAGUUAUGAUGGAAGAGGUUGUAAAUUGAAAAGUGUUGGGAAAAUAAUAAUGUUAUAUUUAUAUAGCGCAUAUUGCACAUUGCCACUAUGCGCUUUACAGAGAAAUAAUAUAGGCCAACUAAGAAAAAUCAAAUAACAAUAAAAUAAUAACAAUAAAAUAAAA